UGCGCCGCGAAGUGAAUCAGUUGGUGCAAGCACGUGUUCUGUAUCAAGCCACUGCCGCAAUGGCAGAUUUUUCCAAGAUCUCCACGCUGUUUUUGUUGCUGCUACUUUGCAAGAAGACAAUCAGUGCAGAAAACGAGUCGAAAGAAGAGCUAGUCGAAUCCGAGUCCAAAGACGGCAAGCUUGAAAUAAUCAAGCAAAUUAAGAAAGUGAACGACGAUGGGUCGUAUACCAUCGGGUACGAAGCAGACGAUGGGUCGUUUAAAAUAGAAAGUAGGGACGUGCUAGGGAACGUCAAAGGAACAUACGGGUACAUAGACGAAGCAGGUCAAAUCAAAAGGGUUUCUUACAGCACCAGUAAUUCUAGCGAGGUUUUGGCAAAACCGGAACCUUCUUCCGUCGUCCAAAGAAUCCCCAAAUCCAAUCGGACCCAACAACACACAACGAGAAGACCUGGACAUGUCUAUUCUACAACAUUGUCGACCCCUACGAGUACUACAGCGCUCGAACGAAUCGCCAAAUUGAGAAAAAACCUAUCGACGACGACCACCACGGAUAGACCUAAUUACAGCGAAGUGGUCAACGUGGAGAGCGAAAUUUCCAAAGCCACUAGCAAAUCUCCCCAUAUCGUAUACCCAAGUCCCACUCCUAGAAUUUUACUGCAAGGAAGACCCAUCAUUCGGUCCACUCCAGCAACACACACCCAAAAAUCAGAAGGACAAAUUAUUCGACCGGAAAUUGUGACCGUGAGACCUACAGAACUACCCCUAUUCCGAAGACUCGCUCUGAAGCACCAAAUUUUGAACGAAGAUAAACCAGUGGUUGACGAACCAGAAGUCAGAAGCAACAUUUUACGGAGACAACUAUCCCAAGAAAAAGCUAGUUUUGAUCCACAACAGCACGUUUUUACGUUACAGCAAGCACUAGGGAACGACGUUACGGAUGUUUAUAGUGCUUCGGUGACCACCGGUACUCCCAGACCUUUGUUUACGACGACGUCGAGACCAAGAGCUCUCCUGAGCACUACGACGACUCCGACGGUGGUGUCGAGGCCUACGGUUAGAUAUCCGGUGAACUAUCACCGGAAUGAUCUUCAAAAUUUGGAAGCCAACACUCCGGAGUAUGUUCAAGAGACAACUACUACUGAGACGAGUGUCAAUGGAGUGACGCCCACUUCUGUUCCGGUGGUACAAAUUCCGGCAAAUCGAGCCACUCAAGAACCUUUGGUUGCCAUAAAACACCCUUUUCAACCGGGUACUAUUUUGGUACCUUUAAGUCAGUUGCAAGGAAGGGUUGUUCCUUUGGAUGUAAAUGAAAAUCAAGGGCAAUAUGUGCCACAAAGUGACCAGUAUGUUAAGGAAACUACUCCGAAACCGACUCCUGAAGUGGAACCACAGCCUGUUUAUGUUAGACGAUUGCCACCUCCUCAUUUUAGACCUAUUCCAGUACAGGUGGACGAAAAUGGGUUUAUUAGGGAAUUCCAAAGGCCACAGAAUGUACCACCAACUCCGUAUCCUGUCCCAAUUCCUGUCCCUGCAGGUCCUAGAUACAUUAGUAACGACGUGGAGAACGACGUCGAUGAUAUCAGCCCCCCUGUCAGUACCAGAGAUUUUCAAAAACUUUUACAACAAUUGAUAAUCCGGCAAACUCGACUAGAACGCAUCAGUGCUCUAUCAGAUCCUCGUCGCCAACCAGAAUACUACCAACCAAGGUACAGACCCGUAUAUCGCCCAUCGCCUGUACCGUACUACGUACCAAGACUACCCGAGAACCAACAAACGGGUCCUGUUCAGUUUAUACCCGACGACAACGCGCAGUCAAAACAACGACAAUUUGUCCACAUUUCGCCUCAGCAGCAGGCUGCACUUCGACAACAACAACGACAAGAGCAGGAAUUGUACAACCACAAUGGUCAGUCUUUCGUGCCCACUAGAAGAGUUGCACGAUUGUUGCAGCCGGGACAAAAUCAACGACAGGAAGUUAGGGAAGAGUAUCUUCCAGCAGAUGUGCGAGAAAUGUUGCUGUUGAGAAUGCUUCAACUUGCUAUUAACCCUGCGCUUCCGUUAAACGAAGAGGAAAUGGUUCAAGAGACAACUCCUGUGCCACAAUACAAGAAAGUUCCUGUAAGGAAUGUCGAAAUACUGGGCGAGGAAACGGAAGAAGAGAAAAGGUCUGUGAGAAACAAGAGAUACAGAGAACCACAUAUGGGUUAUUACGAACAAUAGUAGAUUCUUGCGUGUUUUGAGUCGAAAGCAAAAUUUUGUAUAUACAUACAAUGUGCUAGUUUAGAGAACAAAAGAUGCUUUCUCUGGAUUUUAAAAAUUUCAAAAGUAGGUAUUAAAUUUCAAUUUCACCAUCAUGGUUCUUGUAUAUGACAUUGCUAUUUAUUAAUCAUACGAUAUCACUACCUACUUAAGUUUGAAAAUUUCCAAAAAAAUCUUUAAAGUAUUUAUUGAUACAUCAGGUGUACAAUCAUCUACACACCACUUCUGACUUUCGUAUCUAUCCUUACACUAUUUGGUGAUAUUUUGUACAUAACUUAUUCCAAUAUUUUUUUACGCAUUUUUUAUUUAGAGUUGGACCCUUGUGUAUAAUUAAUAUAAGUUGCAUGCUACAAUUAUGUAAAUAUUGCGCAACAAUGCCAAAGAUGUGAAUACCGUACGUGGGAACUUACAUACUUGUCGUUUUCAUUUAAACAACUGUUCCAUUAUUACAAUAAAACAAUUAAUGAAUA